AUGGGAGCAUGUCUGUCCACCAAAUCCUCAUCCAACGGUGGCAAACAGCGCACAUCCGAAGCAGAAACCACACUCCCCCCUCUCACCGCUUCUCUCUUCUCCACUUCCGCAAAUCCCGCUCUCCCUCCCCCUCUUCCCCCUUCUCUUCCUCCCCCUAAGCCGUCCCCCCAUUCAUCCGCGGAACACAACUCCCAGCACCCCCUUCCGCCCCAGUAUCCCCGACCCGCCCAAAAACUCCCCCCUUCCGCCGAAAACACUCCCCCGUCCGCGCAAGACCGUCCCCUUUCCGCCAAUCCCCCAAGAAGCAAGCCCCCCAGGGCUCCAGGGGGGACGCACCCGCGCAGUCUAUCAGCUGGUGGGGAGGAAGAGGCGGGAGGUGGAGAGGGGGGACGAGGGGUUAGGGGGAGCACGCGCGGGGGGGCUGGGGGGGAUGGGGCGGCGGAGCUGGGGGGAGGCGGAGGAGGGGGGAUUGGAGAACAACAGCAGGGGGACGGGAACGGGCAGAGAAACGGGCAGGUUGCAAAAAAACGCCCGGCGGGUGUCCCGCGGUCAAACUCCUCCCCGGGAAAAUUUCUCGACCUGCCCGACGAGGCCCUAUCGGCGAUUGUGCCUGACUCCCUGCUCCGGUUUUUGUACGAUGACGUGGCAGCAGCGACCAACGGGUUUGCGCCAGCUCAUCUUAUUGGGGAAGGCGGGUUCGGGAAAGUCUACAGGGGAAGCAUCUGGGCGGAAUUGAUUGAGAGAAGAGCGAAUGUGGCAACAGGAGAGAGAGGAGAGAGAGGUGGAGAAGGAGGGGAUAUGGAGCAGGGAGGGAUGGGACAAGGAGCAAUGGUGGCGGUGGCGGUUAAGCAGCUGAGGGAGGAGUCGAAGCAGGGCGCGGAGGAGUUUCUGAGGGAGGUGCUGGUGCUGGGGCGGCUGUCCCACGCGCACCUCGUGCAGCUGUGGGGGUACUGUGUGGACGGCGGGGCGUUUCUGGUUUAUGAGCUCAUGGAGGGGGGAAGUCUGGACUACGCGCUCAUUGACAGUGAUCAACUGCGGUCAAUCGUGUCUAAGACUUUCCAGUCGCCUAAUAAAUCACCCCCCUCUACCCCCCUCAUAUGCCUCCCUCUUCACACGCCCCUCUACACCCCUCCACUGCCUCAGGACUACUCGGCAAAGCUCACGGAUUUCGGCAUGGUGCGGGUGGGUCCGGGCGGUCAACUGCGGUCAAUCGUGUCAACGCGGAUCAUGGGCACCGAGGGCUACAUUGACCCUAGCUACCUCGAGACUGGCCACCUGGGAGCCAAGAGCGACGUCUACUCUUUUGGGGUCAUCCUCUUAGAACUCUUAACCGGGCAGCGCGUGCUUGAAAAGGGCAACCAGCUGGUAACCGCGUGCCGGCAGCAGUUCCAGGACCUAGCGCUGCACUCACGACACUACACAGACCCCAAGCUACACGGAGAGUACCCCGAGGUGGCAGCCAGGCAGCUGGCAACGCUGGCCAAGCACUGCGUGGCGGAGCAGAGACAGGACCGGCCCGAUAUGAGCACAGUGCUGCAGCAGCUGAAGGAGAUCAGAGAUAUUUCUGCGAGAGCAAACGCUCGAGUGGGCAGGGGAGGCACUUUGUAG